UGCAAGACCCUUGGCCUCACCUGCAUCUGGCUUUCAGGGCCUUGGGGAGUCAUGGCAGGCUUAACAGGGUUGGAGGGAGGAACAGUGCCAUCAGAUCUCUGUUUAAAGAUCACUCAGGCUUCAGGGAGGAGAGCAUGGCAGGUGGCAAGAGGAGGCUGGGAGAGGUGAGGGGUCGUGGCCAGCGCGAAGGCAGAGCAGAAGGGGGGCAGUCUGGAGGCGAGAGGGAGUCAGGGAUGGUACUGGGCGCCCAGAGGGUGCAGGCCCCCCUGGCAUCACUGAUGACCAGGUCAGCAGCUCUGUCUCCCUUUCACAGCAUCGUGACCAGCGUCAAUGGCAGGUCCCUGCAAACAUCUGUUGAGUGCAUGGUGGAUGGGGCUGCAGAAGGAAUGGGCAUUGAGGGACGCUGAGGAGUCUGUCUCAGAUGUGCUGCACGGGGGCCCCAGAAAGCAUUCUGAGGUCCAGCUUCAAGCCUGGACUUGCCUGCUGUCCUCUGGGUUCCCACAGCCCUGGGAUGAGGGUGGGAGUGUGACGGGGUCCACGGAAGCAGGCCAGUUUCCCGGGCGUGGGGACUGCACCGUCCCACUGGGCCCCGUGCUCAGAAGGGUCCCUUGCGUGGUUCCAUGCUCUGCUGUCACUACGUGGCAAUUCUUGACUUUUGAACAAGGGGCCUCCUAUUUUCACUUCACCCCCUGGUCCCACAAAUUCUGUAGCCAGUGUUGCCCUGAAGACCAGCACAGGCCAGUGAGCAAAGGGGGAGGACACGGGGGAGACCAGGGCCUCCUGCUGGCCUGGAGGCCUGACACGACCUGCCCUGAGGUCUGGAGAGAAGGUGCUGGGGCAGAAAUGGGCGUUUGCUCGUGUUCACAAAAUGCCCCUCCUCCACCUAAACCUGCUGGUUGGGCCUCCGCGUGCCGGGCACGGAGCUGGGAGCCUUGCCUCCACCUUUCGUUGGCCUGUGCACCUGUAUUGUCCCUGCUGUGCAAACAGGAAGGCUCAGGGUGUGCAGGACCAGGGUCCAGACUCACCCCUCCACCCAGAAGCUGGAAAACUGAGGGUCUGCCUUGAAGCCCAAGGUCAUUCCAGAACACACAGGAAGUCUUAGAGGCAGGAGCUGUAUGGGAUCAUUCCUUUCAGAGCAUGGAUAAUCUGAAAACAUAAAUGAGGUCAAAAGGCUUCAGGUCACAUCAGGGCUGGCAAAUCCAUUAGUGUUAGAGGCAAGCCUCACUCCAAUGGUCUCCGGAAGUUUCCACGUAUUGCUGUUUACUGUGUACCAGGUAGUAUAUAUUGACGCAUUUAAUCAUCUCAAAAACCUUGAAGGUGGGUGCGGUUAUCCACAGUGAACCAAUGUGGGGCUCAGAGAUUUGUGACUAGUAGCCGGGGGGAGACUGGACCCGGGCUGGUCCACGUCCCUCAGAAGCUGUGCCCUUAACCAUGCUCCCUACACCACCUUGAUGGGGAGACUGGACCACGGGGCCCAGAGCCAGCCCAGCUGGUUUGUGAUGAUUUGAAAACAGACGCCCUUGGCCCUGGUUCUGAGUAAUACCCCACAUGAGACACUGCUGUCUGCCAGCUCAUGGGGACUGUCACCCAUCUGUGACUGAGCCAGCACCUGGGCAUUUGGGGGCUGGGAGGCGGAAAAGGAAACCUGAAGCUGGGGGUCAGAGGCUGAGAGAGAGAGGCCAUUCUGGUGGCAACCCCGCGUCCCACAACAAGCCAGCUCUUAGGAAGUGAAAGAGGGCAAAGGCAAGAGAAAAGGUCUUUUGGCAAGACGGCUUUCUGCCUUAAAAACAAAACAAAACAAAAGCCACUUUUAUAAGCAAGUGUAACCACUGUGAGAAGACAGAAUGGGUGCCUUCCACCACAGGAGGCUGGGCACGGGUGGGGCACAGGCUUCUGAGAAAUUCGGGACAGGGACCCUGGCCCCCUUCUCUGGUCCAUGGCGGCCACCCCCGGGGGCAGCCGAAUCUGCCGGCUCACGACUGUGACCUCCUCCUUGGCGUUUGAUGAGCUCAGGGCCCCGGGCAGGAGAUGGCCUACUAGGCAGGUGUUACCCUAAUUUUGUGACCUUUUUAAUGAAAUAAACAGACAAAUUAGCAAAAUCACAUUCCUGAUCAUCCCUCCUGUAGUGGCCCCAAAUUUGCUAACUGCUAACAUUAAACGAUGCAUUUCAGUAGGGGAAUGCACUUUUUACAUUGUGAUUAGAUAUACAUAAAAUUUACCAUCUUAACCAUUUUUAAGUUUGGCAGCAUUAAGUACAUCCACAUUGUUGUGUGUCUAUUUCCAGAACAUUUUCAUCUUCCCCAACUGAAACUCCGCACUCAUGAAACGCUGACUCCCCCGUUUCCCUCUCCCAGCCCCUGGCAACCGCCAUUCUACUGUUUCUAUGAAUUUGACUCCUCUAGGGACCUCAUAUAUGUGGAAUCACACAGCACUUGUCCUUUUGUGUGUGGCUUAUUUCACUUGGCAUAAUGUCUUCAAGGUUCAUCCAUGUUGUAGCGUGUGUCAGAAUUUCCUUUUUAAGGAUGAAUAAUAUUCCAUUGCAUGGAUAGACCACUCUGUCCAUCAUCCGUUGGCAGACGCUUCAGUUGUUUCCACCUUUUGGCUAUUGUGAAUAAUGCUGCUAUGAACAGGAAUGCAUUCUGUAAAGGAGUAUUUCUGGAGAGCACCGCUGGUGUACACAGGUCUAGCUGGGAGCUCCCAGACCUCCAGGAGGGCAAGAUUGAGGCCAUCAGCGACUCGGACGGGGUGAACUACCCCUGGUACGGGAACACCACGGAGACCUGCACCAUCGUGGGCCCCACCAAGAGAGACUCCAAGUUCAUCAUCAGCAUGAAUGACAACUUUUACCCCAGCGUCACGUGGGCCGUGCCCGUCAGCGAGAGCAAUGUGGCCAAGCUGACCAACGUCUACCGGGACCAGAGCUUCAUCACGUGGCUGGUAGCCACCAACACCUCGACCAACGACAUGAUCAUUCUGCAGACGCUGCACUGGCGCAUGCAGCUCAGCAUCGAGGUGAACCCCAACCGGCCCCUGGGCCAGCGCGCCCAGCUGCGGGAGCCCAUCGCCCAGGACCAGCCCAAAAUCCUGAGCAAGAAUGAGCCCAUCCCGCCCAGCGCCCUGGUCAAGCCCAAUGCCAACGACGCUCAGGUCCUCAUGUGGCGGCCCAAGUACGGGCCGGCGCUGGUGGUGAUCCCGCCCAAGCACCGGUAACAGCCAGGGCACCCGCGAGGUGACCCCCAAAUAAUAACACCACGCAAACACCCCGCACGGACUCUGCAGUCCUUCAGCAAAAUACAACCUUUCUACCUUCUCCAGCGGGCGGAUCUCACUGUGCGAACGCGCGGCGAUGGCCCCCCGCCCUCCUGGGACCUGCUUCCCUGGCGGAGGGGGGAGACCCAGGCGGGACCGACCACUCCACGUGCGCCCUCAGUGUCACCUUGGGUCUCCUUUCCUCUCCUCGCAAUUUCCGUCAUUCACUUGCAACAGACUCCCUGAAACAACUGCUUUUUCUGUUCCUUUUUUUUUUAACGCCU